GUUACUCCUCGGCAGUGCAGAAAUUCUCCCAGACUUUGCAAUCCUUUCAGUUCGACUUUAUUGGUGACACACUAACGGAUGAUGAGAUUAAUAUUGCCGAGUCCUUUAAGGAGUUCGCAGAGCUGCUCCAUGAGGUAGAGCUAGAGAGGUCCAUGAUGGUACAAAAUGCUAGUGAUUUGCUGAUCAAACCUUUGGAAAACUUUCGGAAGGAGCAAAUAGGGUUCACCAAGGAAAGAAAGAAGAAGUUUGAGAAGGAUGGUGAGAAGUUUUAUUCCAUGCUGGAUCGCCAUUUGCAUUUGUCUUCCAAAAAGAAGGAAUCCCAAUUACAGGAGGCUGACCUUCAGGUUGACAAAGAGAGACACAAUUUCUUUGAGUCCUCCCUCGAGUAUGUGUACCAGAUCCAGGAAGUACAGGAAAGCAAGAAAUUCAGUAUUGUUGAACCAGUGCUGGCUUUUCUUCACAGCCUCUUUACUUACAACAACCUGACUGUCGAGCUCACGCAGGAUUUCCUUCCUUAUAAACAGCAGCUUCAGCUCAGCCUGCAGAAUACAAGGAAUCAUUUUUCCAGCACACGGGAGGAGCUGGAAGACCUGAAGAAGAGGAUGAAGGAAGCCCCCCUAACCUGCAAGCUACCUGGGCAGCCGACCAUUGAGGGCUACCUCUACACUCAGGAGAAAUGGGCACUGGGCAUCUCCUGGGUGAAAUACUACUGCCAGUAUGAAAAAGAGGCAAAAACCUUACGGAUGACACCCAUGGACCAGAAGCCUGGAGCUAAGCAAGGCACUUUAGACCUGACGCUGAAAUCCUGUGUAAGGAGAAAGACAGACUCUAUAGACAAAAGGUUUUGUUUUGACAUUGAAACUAAUGAAAGGUCUGGGACCAUCACACUGCAAGCACUCUCAGAAGCCAAUCGACGGUUGUGGAUGGAAGCCAUGGACGGGAAGGAACCGAUCUACCACAGUCCCAUCACAAAACAGGAGGAAAUGGAGCUGAAUGAGGUUGGCUUCAAGUUUGUACGGAAGUGCAUCAACGCAGUGGAAACGAAAGGGAUCACUACGGAGGGCAUCUACCGGACUGUUGGCAGCAACAUUCAGGUGCAGAAGUUGCUGAAUGCCUUUUUUGAUCCAAAAUGUCCAGGGGACGUGGAUCUCCAAAGCGGCGACUGGGACAUCAAGACGAUUACCAGCUCACUGAAGUUUUAUCUCAGGAACCUGUCUGAACCCGUCAUGACCUACAAGCUCCACAAAGAGUUGGUCCUGGCUGCCAAAUCUGAGAACCUGGAUUACAGGCUGGGAGCCAUUCAUGCGCUGGUCUAUAAACUACCUGACAAGAACAGAGAGAUGUUAGAGCUCCUCAUACAACACCUCGUCAACAUAUGUGAGCACAGCCGAGAGAAUCUGAUGUCACCAUCUAACAUGGGGGUGAUAUUUGGACCAACUCUCAUGCGAGCACAGGAGGACACCGUGGCAGCGAUGAUGAACAUCAAGUUCCAAAACAUAGUGGUGGAGAUCCUCAUUGAGCACUUCGGGAAGAUCUACUCCGGGCCCCCAGAAGACACCACCGCCCCCCCGGUGCCCCCUCCUAGGGUGGCUGCCCGGCGGCACAAACCCAUCACCAUUUCCAAACGUCCUUUGAGGGAAAGACCCGUCUUCUUUGGUGCUUCUGUGGAAGACAGUGGAGCAGACCGGCACAGCCAGACCCCCAAUGGCAGCAGCAGCAUCGGUGUGGAGGCCCCCAAGCCGCUGCACCGCAGCCGCCUGCCUACGCCCCGACCAGGGGGGGAUGAGCCAGGGCGUCCCCCUGCCGAAGGCCGACCCGACCCACGUGCCGAGGUGGAGGUUGGGAAGCUGGUGGCCAAGCUGCAGGAUGGAGGAGUGAAGCUGGCCAGCAAGGCUGCCAACGGGGUGGUGGCCAGCCCUGCCCUGAGGACCACCAUGCUCCAGGCCAAGAGACCAGCUCCCCGGCCAGGGAUCUAUGGCAGAGAGGGCGAGUAUGACUGUGUCCCCAAGGCACGAUCCCAUGGCGAUAAGCCCGUGAUAAUGCGUCCCCCCGUGAGACCUCCGGACCCACCGUGUAGGACACCUGUCCCUCCGAGGCUGGAGCAGAGACCGGAUCUGAUAGCAGGAACAGCAGAAGAGAUGCCUUCAUCCGUGGUGGCCUCUAGGACGAAGUUCUUUGAGACAGCUUCCCGGAGAAAAAGCAGUUCUUCAUCACCACAAGGCAGGAUCCCAGGUGAUGAGAGCUGA